AUGCCCAUUUAUUUCCAUCGACUCGAGAACGCUCUGAAGAGAGCCAAAGAGUUCAUAGAUGUGGGCAAAAAGCCGCGAGCGUUGGAAAUCCUGUGCGAUGUCUUGCGGUCGCGGAAACACAGGACGUGGCAGAAGAAACACGAAGACAUUAUGAUUAAAUACCUCGAACUGUGUGUCGAACUGAAGAAGUCAUAUGUGGCCAAAGAAGGCAUAUAUCAGUAUAAAAUCAUAUGUCAACAGACGUACAUCAACUCAUUCGAAGACGUGGUCCGCAAAUACCUGGAAAUGGCCGAAGAGAAGGCCACCGCCGCCCAGAAGGAGAGCAAACAGUCGGUGCUCGACGUCGACGACUUGGACAACGCGCAGACACCCGAAGACAUACUGUUGAGCGCCGUCAGCAAUGAGGACACUCAGGACCGCACGGAUCGAGUUGUGCUCAUUCCGUGGGUGAAGUUCCUCUGGGAGUCGUACCGUCAGUGUCUGGAUCUGUUGAAGAACAACUCGCGCACUGAGCGCCUGUACCAUGACGUGGCCCAUCAGGCCUUCCGCUUCUGUAUUAACUAUAACCGGAAGACUGAGUUCCGCAAACUGUGUGACAAUCUUCACACCCAUUUGGAUAUAUUGAAGAAACAGCAGAACAACCAACAGGUCGGAGGACACCAACAGCAGAACCAAAUCAAUCUGAACGCACCCGAGAGUCAGGCCAUGCAUUUGGAGACACGACUCGUGCAGUUGGACUGCGCUAUUCAGAUGGAGUUAUGGCAGGAGGCCUACAGAGCCACCGAUGAUAUCAAACGCUUCGGUCUCAUGAAUCUGACCAAAAAGCCGCCAAAGCCUCAACUGAUGGCCAAUUACUACCAGAAGUUGGCGCUCGUCUUCUGGAAGGCGAACUGUCCGCUCUUCCAUUCGGCGGCUCUCUUCCGGUUAUUCCAUUUGUCCAAAGAGUUGCGCAAAAAUAUCACUCAAGAGGACAUUCAGAAGAUGGCGACCAAAGUGGUGACCGCCACUCUAGCCAUACCUAUUCCUCCGAAUAGGGCUGAGAUCGACAAACUGGUGGACACCGAAGAGAAUGUCAUUGAAGGACACCAACGAAAUUUGGCCUCACUUUUGGGUUUGACGACAAGCGUUCCCACAAGAGGUUCGCUGAUCAAAGACCUGAAACGUAUGGGAGUUCUUCAGUACGCGGCGCCCAAACUCCAAGAGUUGUAUCGCUGUCUUGAAAUCGAUUUUCAUCCACUGGUUCUCUGCAAUCGAGUCCUUCAUGUAAUCGAUUAUAUUAACGAAAGCACUGAAUAUCCGGAACUCAAACAAUACACGAAUGCCUUGAAAGACGUGACGGCAAUGCGUUUAUUGAAAGAAGUGUCUCAAGUCUACCAAACGAUUGAAUUCAAGCGACUCCUAGAGCUCUGCCCUUUCGCUAACUUCACGUAUUUGGAGAAAGUGGUUGUGGAGGCGGCGCGAAGAAACGACCUCCAGGUCCGCAUUGAUCACAAGAGAGGUUGCCUUAUAUUUGGCGCUGAAUUGCGUGUCUCGACCGGCGAGGAAGUGAUCGAAGGACCGCACUUGCAGUCAAUGCCCAGCGAACAGAUCCGAAAGCAAUUGGUUAGCAUGUAUUCAACGCUACAGAAGGCUCGCAAUCUGAUAGAACCCGAUCGGCUCAAGAACCAGAGGGAAGAGAUGAAGCGCAAGAUUAUGAAGGCUUACCGUAUGAAUUGGGCCGAUGAACACAAACAGGUGUUGAGUCGACAGAGUAUUAUUGAACAGAGAAAAGAGGAUUUGGAAAGAAUUAGUAUCGCCAGAGAAGAACAGGAGAGGCGUAAAGUGGAGGAACAGCAGCGGCGGAUCCGCGACGAAGAAGAGGCCAAAAUGGCGUUAGAGAUCAAGGAAAGGGAACAACAGAUGAAAGCUAAACAAGACCUCGAAAUCAAGAAACAAAUGGCAAAGGACCAGAUCUCUAUGAUGAAGGGCGCGCUGACCGGCAAUUUGCUGGACAUGGAUGACGAAGAGUUGGCCAAAUUGAGACCCGAAGACAUUCACUCGCGACGAAUAGAGCAGUUGGAGAAGGAAAGAAGGGAUCAAUUGGUGAAACAGCGCAAACUCGAGCGUAAAGUGGAUCACUUGGAACGGGCCAAACGACUCGAAGAGAUACCGCUUCUCGAGAAGUCUUUAGUUGAAUGGAAAGAGAAAGACAGCGAACUCUGGGAACAGAUGGAAGACGAGCGCAUCAAAGACAUUAAAGAAGAGCGUCGUUUGGCCCUCGAGAUCAAGAGUCGUUUUCUCAGAGUUAUGGACGACAAAGAGAUCUUCUCGAAGAAAAUUGUAACCGAAAGGCAUUCAGUUUUCGUGGAAAAAUUGGCCAAAUUUGAAGACGUGCUCGCAAUUGAACGCAAACGCCGUUUGGCCGACAGAAAAGUGAAACGAAAACAGGAGAGGAAAGAGAAGUACAUCGCAGCCAAAGAAGCCGAAGAGAAGAGAAUCAGAGACGAAGAACAGCGAAAGAUUGAAGAGGAAAAGGCCGCCAAAUAUAAGGAACAACAAGAGAAACAACGACUCAGAGAACUCGAGAUCGAAGAGAAGAUGAAACAAAUGGAAAGAGACUCCGAUGACAGACAGAAACGGCAAAGAGAUGUCGACCCCGAAGAAAGACAACCCCGCGAAGAGAGAGAACGCGAGAGAGAGCCCGACAGAGAGACUAAUUGGCGCCGACCCAACCCCAACCGACCCCCCAUUCCAGCUGACGGCCCCACCAGAGGUCCCGCAGAUGACGAGGACUUUCAAAACAAAGGCGAUAGAAAUCAGGAGCGAAGACCUCCGCCUCCUUCCAGAGCUGAUGUGGAGAAUGAUUGGCGUCGAGGAGAGAGAGCGCCCGAACCCAAUGCUGACAAGAAUGAUAGAAAUCGUGAAUCAGACCGAAAGCCUCAGUUGCGCGCCGACGGAGAGGAAGAAUGGCAUGAAGUGAAGUCUGAUAAGCGAACCAAUCGUAACACUCGUCCUGAAGAGGAAAAGGAUUGGCGCGGAGGACGCGGUGGUGAACGCAGAGAUGGCGAGCGUAGAGUUGAUGAUCGCAGAGAUGGUGAGCGUAGAGUUGAUGAUCGCAGAGAUGGUGAGCGUAGAGUAGGCGAUCGUAGAGAUGAUGAUCGAAGAGAUGGUGAUCGUAGAGGUGACCGAAGCUUUCCGGAUCGUAACCGUAAUGAUCGCCCAUUCGAUCGCAAUGAGCGAAGAUUUGAUGAACGACGCGAUCCCGACCGAAGAGGACCUCCAAUGCCGCCUCGCGGAGACAGAGAUGGAAACGAUGAUUGGCGUAGAGACCGACCGCAGGGCAGACCACCCUUUUCGCAGAACCGCGGCGGCGAGAGAAGCGAUAGAGGCGAUAGGGGUCCGCCUCGUGAUGGCGACAACUGGAGGGACAAUAAGGGCGGUUCUGCGCCGUCCAAUGCCGACAGCAGAGGCAACAAAGAUUCGUGGCGUCGACCCGACGACCGGAAACCUGCCGCCAAUCCCUCGCGAGGCCCGGAAAGAGAGUCCGAUAAUUGGCGCAAUUAA